CCCUUAUGGUUAUUAAAAUUAAAGGGGGCGCAACAGGAAAUCUGUCAUUUAGUACGAAUGCAUAACUAGGAUUCUGUGAGCUGGCCUUAGCGCACUUUUCUACUCAGACGUCUUACGCGCUGGUUGAACAAAAUAACGAGUGACAUUUCCUUGGAGAAUUCUUCAAACAGAAGGUAAACAUCAAACCACCAAGUACCUGUUUGAUCAGUUUUUAGUUAUGCGGAGUAUAUCUACUUAUUGACAUAAAACCUUCCAGAUUUCGCUUUGAGACGCGAAGCUUGUUUACUAAGUAACUCGAACAAGUAUUGGUUUUCGUUCAAGGUGUCUAAAGCACUAAUCCACUUUUCAGUUGGCUACAAGCAAGUUUCAAAAGGCAAGAAUUUAAUUCAGACUAACAUCAACCAUGCAAUUUCUGUUUAUAGGGUCGUGACUCGUGAGAUCUCCACUCGGAACGACUUAACAACAGAUAUCGAAAUGGCAAUCGUCUUCAGAUCUUUGAUUUUAUUUCUUACCGUCCUUCAAUCUUUCACCUUCGGAAGAUAUCCUCCUUUGCCUCCAUUUUUAGAAAAAAACAGUAAUGGUAAGUCAGGUAUAAGUUUACCGCUAACAGUAUGCAUUGUGCAUGUACAGAAUAUAUGUCAGGCUUUAAGCAAACACGACAGGACUACCUACGACUUGGCGUCUUAUCAACAUACUUAAGUCACAAUUACGCGAAGGGAAAUUUCAAAAACUCAUAUACGAAGACAAGCGGUAUUUCAUGUAACAAACUGCAUGAGCCAGACACUUUGAAAAGAAACAUUUUCCAGCGCCAAUCUUCCCAAAUUUCAGCAGAUCUCAAAGCUCUGGUGCCUUCCCUUCCUCAUCAACCAUUCAAUUUUUCCCUUCCAAAUCUUCGUUAGUCUUAAGGCACGCAGGAGUGCUGUUGGGUUAGCCUUAGUAAAACUAACAGGUUCCUUCAGUAUGAAUCAUCAAGUCACCCUCUUAAUUUACGUACUCUUUGUACGGCAUGUUUUUCAUCACUUUAUAUACUGAGAAUGACCACCUGAUUCCCAGGCCUCUCAUUUCUCCUAAGCCCUAGCGGACUGAGGAUACUGAUGAAAGAAAUGUUCCAUUUUAGAAAUAAAUGAAAGAGGAAAUGAUCUUCGCAGUUGAAUAAACAACUUAAACGGUUGAAUAAGAACCUGAAAAAAUUCAGGCUGGGCCAAAAAAUAUAUUUUAGAAAUAAAGUUACUUCUAAAGGCUGCUGAAUGGCCCCACUACAGAAGUUAGGGCUAGAACUCGAUACUUCAUUUCUCCAAUUAAAACUAGGAAUGAAAGGGUUGAGAGAUAUUAACAAACUUAUUGGUUUUUAAGAAAAUAGGCUAAAAUAUGUCUAACCGAACAGCUUGCAUCUUUCUGUAGUAAUAUUUUCUUUCCUUAUGUGGUCUUCUAAUUGUCUGUUGUAGUGGUAUUUUUUUUUAUCUUAGAUAAAGUUUUUUAUCUUAGAUAAAGUAUUAUGACAGACAACAACUCACUCUAUCCUUAUGACUCUCGCAUGUUUUUGUUCUGGCUGAUAGGGAAAGUAUGCUUUCACGAUGACCAGAUGUAUAUGCCCUGGGAAAAGUUUGCUGAUAAAGCUUGUACCGGGUGGUGCACAUGCAAUGGACUCACCGGCAGUGUGGGAUGUGUUUCCUUGUGCCCUCUCGCCCCUCCCAGAAAGUGUCCCCCAGGAACUGAAGCACAGAUUAAAAAUGUUCCUUCUGGUGACAAGACUGGGAGAUGCACAUGCAAGCGACAAGUCUGUGGCAAGUAUUGUAAAUAAACAUAACAUGUAGCAGGCCGACUCUUUUGACAGCAAAAAGUUGACAAUAGAUCGAAUCUAUUUAUUUAUGUUCAAAAUAACUGUAAUCUAUCCAUUUGCUUUCAUAAUAAUUGCUAACCUUGGUGUCCUUAGCUCAUUACUAGCAAGGUCCUGGCAGCUGUAGUUAAAUGAUGCCAUUUCGUAAAGGGAUUGAUCCUGUUUACGGCUGUGCAAGGAAGAACAAAAUUAGCGCAAUAUUUGAAACAUAGGUAGUUAGCCACUCAAGGUCAUAAAACAGUAUUAUUUCUUAGACCCAUUACGUGGAUAACGAGACGUCUUGCAUUACAUAUUAGAUGACUAAUUUUACACUAUGCAAUCCCUCCUCCCUCUUUUGAACGGAAAGCCGGUUUGAGAUAGGUCUUGCACUAAAAGAAUUGCCAGCCGUUACAUUGCAGGGAUGUCUAGACACCCACAUUGCAGUGGGUCUGUGUGAGUUUCCAGGGAUCUCGUAAAAGCGAACAAAGAAUUUUAUUCUAGGUUUGUUUGUGGCUGGGAGUUUUCCAUCAAUUAUUGAAAUUCUGGAAGUAUUCAAUCCUUCCAGAGUGUGAGAGUAGUGCCUCGGACGAUUAUUUCAUCGACAGGAAAUGCUCGGGUCAAUGCAGAAGCAUGGGGGGGAGGUAGCGGGAUCUGGUGUGUUUCCCUGUGCCUACCUGGAGAACUUAGGUGCCUCCCCCACCCCCGACGAGAAAAAAGAAUAUUAUUAUCACCCGAUGGACCUGGAAAGAAGAUGUUUCUGCAAGCGAGAGAGAUGUGUGGAAAAGAUAGGGCCUUGUAAGCCUUGUAUUUCACCCGCGGAGUGGACGCACGCAUUAGUUACACUUCACUUCUCCAACUGAAUCUAGGAAUGAAAGGUUAUAGACUACCGUAUUUAUUCGAUUAACCGCCCUGGGCGCUUAUUAAAGUUUUAGACCGUGAGAGUGGGCGCUUAUUCGAGGCUGGGUGCUUAUUAAUUUUCACCAUUUUCAGCAAGUCAAGUCUAUUUCUUUCGCAACAAACAAUAAAUGGUAAUAACAAAACGCGAAGAUGUAACAAAGCAAGGUUUCUGUAAAAUACCCUGAAGAAACCUCCGUCUUCGGGGAAGUCUCUUAUUAGUAAUUAUUCAAUUUCAAUUUUAAUCUCAUUGUCAUUCAAGUCAAUAAGUGAAUUCUCUGGUGCUGCCUCCUCGAUGUCCGACAUCGGGGGAGAGGGGUGGGGGUGGGCGCUUAUUCGAGGCUGGGCGCUUAUUAACUUUUUCCAGGAGCUGCUUUUUCUGCCUUAAGGAUGGGCGCUUAUUCGAGCUCGGUGCUAAUUCGAGGCUGGGCGCUUAUUCGAAUAAAUACGGUAUGUGAACAAUCUUACUCCUUUUUAAGAAGGUAGACUAAAUAAGUCUAAACAAGAAGCUGGCAUGUCAGCCCUGUUUCCCUUUCUGUUUGUUCUUUUGUUCUUUUUCUCUGUUGCUGCUGUUGUUGUUGUUAUUUUUUUAAACGUCGAUAAAAUAUCAUGACAGUCAGCAACAUAUCAUUGUAUCCUUAUAUCUUUCGCUUUUUUUAUUCUGGCUAAUAGAGAAAGUAUCAGUAUGCUUUCACGAUGACGAGAUGCAUAUGCCCUGGGAAAAGUUUGCUGAUAAAGCUUGUACCGGGUGGUGCACGUGCAAUGGACUUACCGGCAGUGUGGGAUGUGUUUCCUUGUGCCCUCUCGCCCCUCCCAGAAAGUGUCCCCCAGGAACUGAAGCACGGAUUAAAAAUGUUCCUUCUGGUGACAAGACUGGGAGAUGCACAUGCAAGCGACAAGUGUGCGCUCCUGUUACAGUUAAAGGUUGACUAUAGAUCCAAUCUAUCCAUUUAUUUUUAUAGUAAUUGUGAGAUCUAUGUAUCAUUACUUGUUUGCAAAUACUGGUACUAGCAAGGUUCUGUAAGCCGUAGUUUUAUAUGACGCCAUUGAGAAAAUAUGGUUGUUUCUUUUUACCUCUGCGCAGGGAGGAAGAAAGGUAACAAUGUCUGAAACAAGGUAGUUAGCCUUUCAGAGUCAUAAAACAUAUAUCUUUACCUAUAUCGUAUUUAACCAGAUGUCUUGCGUUAUAUAUCAGCAGAUGAAUAAUUUUACACUCCAUGCAAUAUGUCCUCCCCGUCGUUUGACUCACGACCGUUGCACUAAAAAAUUGUAGUGAGUGGUGGUGUGUGCAUUGUGGGAUCUCCUUAAUUGAACCAAGAAUUUUAUCCUAGCUUUGCUUUUGGCUGGGGGGUUUCCCUCAGUUUAUUAAAAUUCUGGUAACUUUCAGUCCUUCCAGAGUGCGUGGGUCGUGCUUCGGGAGAAUAUUUCAUCGACAGCAAAUGCACAGGUCGAUGCAGAUGUAUGAAGGGAGGUACCGGGAUCAUGUGUUCUUCCCUUUGUCCACCUGCGUUCGUGCGGUGCUCCCUAGGCGAAGAGAAGGAGUACUAUGAUCAGCCGAUGGACCUUGAUCAAAGAUGUUACUGCAAGCGGGAGAGAUGCGUAGCAAAGAUAGGGGCUUGGUAA